AUGGACAUUUUAUUUCUUCAAAGGUUUACUGAUAAACCAGAGGAGAGGAUCUCCCUGGAGGACUUUAAGAACUUCCUCAUCGAGUCUCAAAAGGAGCUGUGGGCCGUGGACAACAACAAGGUUCAGGAGUUUAUGUUUGGCUACCUGAAGGAUCCCCUGAGAGAAGUGGAGCAGCCGUAUUUUCAACAAGAUGAAUUCCUCACAUACCUCUUCUCCAAAGAAAACACCAUUUGGGAUUCCUCCUUGGACCAAGUAUGUCCCGAGAAUAUGAACAACCCCCUGUCUCACUACUGGAUCUCCUCUUCGCACAACACCUACCUGACAGGAGACCAGUUUUCCAGUGAGUCGUCCCUGGAGGCGUAUGCUCGCUGUCUAAGGAUGGGGUGUCGCUGUAUAGAAUUGGACUGCUGGGACGGUCCAGAUGGAAUGCCGGUCAUUUAUCACGGACACACCCUCACAUCAAAAAUCAAGUUUAUGGAUGUCCUGACCACCAUUAAAGAGCACGCUUUUGUUACUUCUGACUACCCCAUCAUCCUGUCCAUCGAGGACCACUGUAGUAUCGUUCAGCAGAGGAACAUGGCCACGCAGUUUAAGAGGAUGUUUGGAGACAUGCUGCUGACCAAGACGGUGGAUGUGGCAGCAGACAGCCUGCCCUCACCCAAUCAGCUCAAGAGGAAGAUUCUCAUCAAGCAUAAAAAGCUGGCAGAGGGUAGCGCUUAUGAAGAAGUGUCCACUUCCACACCUUACUCAGAGAAUGAUAUUAGCAACUCCAUCAAAAACGGCAUCUUAUACCUGGAAGAUCCCAUUAACCAUGAGUGGUACCCUCACUUCUUCGUCCUGACGAGCAGUACCAUCUACUACUCAGAGGAGACCUCCAGUAACCAGGGUAACGAGGACGAAGAAGAACACAGAGAGGUGUCCAAUGCCAUGGACCAGCACGUGACAGAGAAAUGGUUCCACGGGAAGCUAGGUGCUGGGCGGGAUGGACGGCAGAUCGCUGAGCGGCUGCUGUCAGAUUACUGCCAGGAGACUGGAGCUCCUGAUGGCUCCUUCCUGGUUCGGGAGAGUGAAACCUUUGUCGGAGAUUACACUCUGUCUUUCUGGCGUUCUGGUCGGGUGCAACACUGCCGUAUCCACUCUCGCCAAGAGGCCGGCAGCCCCAAGUUCUACCUGACAGACAACCUGGUGUUCGACUCACUCUUCGCCCUGAUCUGCCACUACCAGCUGGUGGCGCUGCGCUGUAACGAGUUUGAGAUGAAGCUGACAGAGCCGGUGCCUCAGACCAACGCCCACGAGAGCAAAGAGUGGUACCAUGCCAACCUGUCGAGGAGCCAGGCAGAGAACAUGCUGAUGAGGGUUCCUCGUGACGGUGCUUUCCUCGUCAGGAAGCGAGCUGAACCCAACUCCUUUGCCAUUUCAUUCAGGGCUGAGGGUAAGAUCAAGCACUGUCGAGUGCAGCAAGAAGGUCAGACUGUGGUGCUGGGCACCUCUGAGUUUGACAGCUUAGUAGAUCUCAUCAGCUACUACGAACAUCACCCCCUGUAUCGCAAGAUGAAACUGCGCUAUCCCAUUAAUGAGGACACGCUGGAGAAGAUCGGCACUGCUGAACCAGAUUACGGGUCGCUGUACGAGGGCCGAAACCCUGGCUUUUACGUUGAGGCUAAUCAAAUGCCAACCUUAAAGUGUACGGUGCGAGCCAUGUACGAGUACAGAGCUCAGAGAGACGAUGAGCUCUCCUUCACCAAGAACGCCAUCAUCACCAAUGUAGACAAACAGGAAGGAGGAUGGUGGAAAGGUGACUGCGGAGGAAAGAAGCAGAUGUGGUUUCCUGCCAACUAUGUGGAGGAGAUCAGCCAAGGAGCACAAGAGCCUGACAGAUCUGAGGUGACAGAAAACAGCCCGCUUGGAGAUCUGUUGAGAGGAAGUGUGGAUGUGCCUUCCUGUCAGAUUGUUAUACGUCCUGAAGGGAAAGGCAGCAGAGCUCACGUCUUCUCCCUGGUGUCAAACAGCGGCACACGUCAGGUUCUGGACGUGGCUGCCUCCAACCAAGAGGAGCUGAAUCAGUGGGUGUCAAAGAUCCGCGAAGUGGCCAUGACCUCAGAGGCCAAGCUGGAGGAGGGGAAGAUGAUGGAGAGGAGGAAGAAGAUCGCACUGGAGUUAUCAGAUCUAGUUGUUUACUGCAGGCCUGUACCGUUUGAUGAAGACAAGAUCGGCACAGAGCGGGCCUGCUUCCGUGACAUGUCUUCAUUCCCCGAGACCAAAGCAGAGAAGUAUGUCAACAAAAUCAAGGGGAAGAGGUUCCUGCAGUACAACCGGCUGCAGCUGUCAAGGAUCUACCCCAGAGGCCAACGACUAGACUCCUCCAACUACGACCCGCUCCCCAUGUGGCUCUGUGGCUCCCAGCUGGUCGCACUUAACUUCCAGACAGCAGACAAGCCCAUGCAGAUGAACCAGGCUCUGUUCAUGCUGAACGGACGGAGCGGCUACAUCCUUCAGCCUCCCAUCAUGAGGGACGACACCUUCGACCCGUUCGACAGACAAACACUACGAGGAGUCGAUCAAGUCACUCUGAUGAUAGAGGUUUUGGGUGCACGGCACUUGCCUAAGCACGGCCGAGGCAUCGUUUGCCCGCUCAUCGAGAUUGAAGUGUGUGGAGCAGAGUACGAUAAUGCCAAGCAAAAAACGGACUCAGAACCUAAUAAUGGUCUUAAUCCCACGUGGCCAAAAAAGUCGUACCAGUUCGUCGUGUGCAACUCGGCAUUUGCUUUCCUGCGGUUUGGGGUUUAUGAAAUCGACAUGUUCAACGACCAGAACUUUCUGGCUCAGGCCACAUUCCCCAUUCAGGGCCUGAAGACAGGCUACCGGUCAGUCCCUCUGAAAAACAGCUUCAACGAAGACCUGGAGUUGGCUUCUCUUUUGGUCCACAUAGAUGUGGUGAGAGGCAGGGAUGAAAACGGUGAAGUCAUGAGUCCAUUCUUUGCUGCCGGGACCACAGCGGCACCAGCCUCAGCCCAGGUGGGGCGGGAGCGUUUCGGGGAGCUGAGCUCGGUGUCCUCCAGCUCCUCCAGCAUGUCUCCUGUGCCCCAGUCUCCAGCUCAGGCCUUGGGCUACAGAGGGAGGGAGGGCUCGUUUGAAUCUCGCUAUCAGUCUCCCAUGGAUGAUUUCAGGGCGACCCAGGAGGCUCUGUUGGACCACAUGGACUCACAAAACAGGAGAGUGCUGCGGCGGACCAGGGUGGGCGGAGAGAACCGCGUCUAAGUCCAAGCCAAUCAGGACUCAGUUCUGCUGCAGCCCCUAGCCCCCCAUCUGAUGAUGUCACUGACUGCUGUGAUCGCUGUUUCCAUGGAAACGCCCACCACUGCUUUGGCCUACAUUUCAGGCAGCUCUCCCUCCUCCUCGAUGAGGGAGGGCCUCGGACACUGCAGGGGCUGGGGUCAGAGAGGAAGCUGACGGCUGCAGACAGGAGGAAGAGACAACACUGACAGAAAAGCAAAGUGUGAGGAUGUAAAAAGUUCUGGCCCCGGACCGGACUGUGUGUUUUCGUGGGACGGAUUGUGAUCUCUCGUGUUUUUGUUGUGAACAACAGCUGCUUAUUGUGGAGGGGGUCUCAGUUUGAAACUGUUUCCAGUCAAGUUUCUUAGCUCUUUUUUUUCUUUUUGCCAUGUCUGAACACAUAUAUAUACAGUAUAUAUAUAUUUAUUCCUGCUGUGCUGUUGGCCAGAGAACAGCAGCAGCAACGUGCUCUCAAAGAGUUCCUGUCUCCAUGUUUUUAAUUAUUGUAAUUAUUUAAACCUUUUAACAUUCAGAACACGUGACUCUGUAAGUGUAAAACAUGAGGGCUCCCUAUGGCUGUUUUUAAACACGUCUUUGCUUUGUGGAGGAUUUUGUGCGCCUCCCAUCUGUCCUACCUGAAAUGGGACAAAUUUUAUUUUAGUUUUUGUCACAAAGCUAAACUGUGUUCCAAGAGACAAGAGAGCAAGCAGCGUCAUGUUUCUGCACCUUUUCCUUCUUCUUGUCUUACAUUCCAAGCAAAACUAAAUCUACAAACGGUUUCAUUUUGAAUUUUUAUUUACAACCCAGUCUGAAACAGACAUUUCUUUUGUGUCAUGCAUUUGUGUCGACGCAGGCUCAAGGACUGUAUAAAGCUUGUAGUGAUUGUGUUUUAACUGCUUCACAUCCUUUUUUCCUAUUAAUACCCAGCUUUGCCACAGAGAUGUCUURUGACUUAAAGGAGGACUCGGGGCUGAGUUGGUGCUGAUCAUUAACAACCAGUCUCCUAGUUUGAAGCAUGAAUGUAUAAAAACACGUUCAUUUCAGGAAACAUGAAAGCUUUAGUUUCUUUUUAAUAAAUUUAGGAAAAUGGAAUAAUUACUUUUAACUAUGCAGCCCAAAGUUUUGACGAAUCAUGUUUGGAAAUUCUUUUUUUUUAAGCUAACACUUCAAACCAAGUUUAAGUUGUGGUUUAAGUUUUAAUUGGUUCACAAACUGCUCCCAUAACGAACACCAUUGAAGGGUUUUUAGUGUUUUGGUGGUUGUGUUACAUCAUCAAGCUUCUUCACAAACACCUGCAUGAAUUUUAUUCUGGCAGCUCAAAUGUGUUUAACAUGAGUUGAUAUUAAAAUGCACUCCUUGUUUCGAUCAGGUUAGACAUUUUAUAUAUUUUUUUCUUUGAUGGAUUUGUCCUGUGAUUUUUUUUUUUUUUUUUGAGGACAUUCAGUUUGUCUCUGUGGCUGAUGGAAGGGGUUUUAUGUCAAACUGAGUUCAGACUGUAUGAAUGUGACAGAUGUUUUGUUUUUCCCUCUCUGCUUUCGCACGACGACUGCGAGCUCCGUAAUCUUGCUCGGUGUUUGAAGACUGACACCAAUAAGCCAUAUGGGAUGAUUCAAAGUAAAAAAAAAAAAGGAUCUUCAGCAUUUUCUCUCUUCAUGUCAACUUUUGUUUUUCGCCUCCCUCAGUGGUCAGUGUGUGGUGUCUGUGCAUCGCUCUUAUCRCUGGACUCUCUGCAGAUCUUUGUGCCUCCUGUCUGCACACACUUCAAAUUAAAGCCACACCUCUCACCUGCCCCGCUGAGCUAAAAGCACCCCACACAGACAUUUUGGGGGCUUCUGUGAGCAUGUACAGACCACGUUAAAGACACGUCUCUGCUGUAUGAAGGUCAGAUCCAUCYAACUAACCAUGGACACUUAUGUGAGAGAACAGGACCCUUAAUUGUAAUUUUUGUUUUGUUUUUGCUAGCGAUGGCCUCAUUUACAUUUGCCUUCCUGUAAUGUGCCUAAACUCUGAAACUACAAAGAGAAGUAUUAAUUUUAAUUUUGCCUUUCAUAUAAAAACAUAUUCAAGCCUGGAAAAAAAUAAAAUACUCACUGCUUUAUA